UCCAGGCUGUAUGGUAUGUGGGCUGGUCACAUAUCCCCAUGUGGUCCCGACAUCAUUGACAUGGCGGAAUCCCCCUCCAAGCCCUUCUGGUAGUUAUUCCAGCUAACUCGCUAGCGAAGCUAGGCGGGGAUUUACCGGACUGCUUCCUUGAUUGCCUCCCUCCCUGGGAAGAACAAGCCCGGCUCUUCUCUUGGGUACCCCGUUUCCAGCACAAGGAGGCCCGCCGAGGAAAAUUCUCCAUGAAUGUACGUCACAAUGAUGAUGACCGACCAAAUCCCACUGGAAUUGUCAUCAUUGCUGAAUGGAGAGGUAGCAAUGUUGCCUCACUUAGUCAAUGGAGAUGGAACUCAGCAGGUCAUUUUUGUUCAAGUUAAUCCAGGUGAAACUUUUACAAUAAGAGGUGAAGAUGGAACGCUUCAGUGCAUUCAAGGACCCGCAGAAGUUCCCAUGAUGUCACCCAAUGGAUCCAUUCCUCCUAUACAUGUGCCUCCAGGUUAUAUAUCACAGGUAAUAGAAGACAACACGGGUGUUCGCCGGGUGGUGGUCACCCCCCAGUCUCCAGAGUGCUAUCCUCCGAGCUAUCCCUCCGCCAUUUCACCAACCCACCACUUACCUCCGUACCUUGCGCAUCAUCCGCAUUUCAUUCCAAACUCCCAUGCGGCUUUCUACCCGCCUGUCACUGGGCCCGGGGACAUGCCACCGCAAUUCUUUCCUCAGCAUCAUCUUCCCCAUACAAUCUAUGGAGAACAAGAAAUUAUACCACUAUAUGGAAUGUCCAGCUACAUCACCCGGGAAGACCAGUACAGCAAGCCCCAGCGCACAAAAAUCAAAGACAGACAGAUUGAUCGCCAGAACCGUUUGAACAGCCCUCCGUCGUCCAUCUACAAGAGCCAUCUGGGAAGCUGUGCGACUGUGUACAAUGGUACAGUCAAGACUCACAACGGAGCUGCAAAUGGGGGAGGCGGAGGAGCCCCUGCAGUGAAAAAGAUGGAACGCAGAGCAAGAAGCAGCCCCAAAGCGAACGAGCAGGAUAUACAUGUGGUGAUGACUCAUGUCAAUGGGGUCCAGCAUGUCAGCAUUACAGACAAAGAAUGUGACUCGGAAACAAAAAGGGUUCAAGACGUUCUUUCUGGGAUCGAGAAGCCGCAGGUUUCAAAUAUCCAGGCAAGAACGGUCGUGCUCACUUGGUCUCCUCCAAACGGCCUUUUAAGUGGGGAUAGACACAGCAACAGUUUGCCUUACACGUGUACUUACGAAGUUGCCUUAUCAGACAAAGGGAGAGAUGGAAAGUACAAAAUGAUUUACAGUGGCGAAGAGUUGGAAUACAAACUGAAAGACCUUAGGCCAGCAACAGAAUAUCAUGUCAGGGUUUACGCCAUGUACAAUUCAGUCAAGGGAUCCUGUUCAGAGCCGGUUAGCUUCACUACUCACAGCUGUGCCCCGGAAUGCCCUUUCCCACCCAAACCUUCCCACAGGACCAAAAAUUCCCUAACUCUUCAGUGGAAGGGCCCUGUUGACAAUGGUUCAAAAAUCACCAGCUACCUUUUAGAGUGGGAUGAGGGGAAAAGAAGCAAUGGUUUCAGAGAAUGUUACUUUGGGAGCCAAAAACAUUACAAGGUGACGAAACUCUGUCCAGCUGUGGGCUACACAUUCCGAGUAGCAGCUCAGAACGACAUAGGCACUAGUGGCUUUAGCCAAGAAGUGGUAUGCUACACAUCAGGGAAUAUUCCUCAGACCCCUUCUCCACCGAAACUUGUUCGUGCUGGAGUCACAUGGAUCACUCUGCAGUGGAAUAAAGCAGAAGGCUGCACACCAGAAGAAGUCAUUAGCUACACCCUGGAGAUUCAAGAGGAUGAAAAUGAUAGUGUGUUUCACUCAAAGUACACUGGAGAAGACCGAACCUGUACUGUGAAAAAUCUCAAAAGAAGCACACAAUAUAAAUUCAGGCUCACUGCCUCCAACGCAGAAGGGAAGAGCAGUCCCAGUGACAUCUUGGUCUGUACAACAAGUCCUGACAGGCCAGGGCCUCCCACCAGGCCUGUUGUUAAAGGGCCAAUAACGUCUCACGGCUUCAGUGUCAAAUGGGAUCCUCCUCAGGACAAUGGUGGCUCAGAAAUCCUAAAUUAUCUGUUAGAAAUUUCAGAAGGAAACUCUGAAGCAAAUCAAUGGGAAGUGGCAUUUAGAGGAUCGGCUACAGAAUGUACGUGCACACGCUUGAAACCAGGCACUUUGUAUAAGCUCCGGGCAUGCUGUAUUAGCACUGGUGGACAUAGUCAGUGUUCUGAAAGUUUACUUGCUCGUACGUUAAGCAUAGCACCGCGCCAGUGUCAACCACCCCGAGUGUUGGGGAAACCAAAGCAUAAAGAAGUACAGCUUCAGUGGGAUGCACCCCCUGUGUCAGAAAGCAGCUGUCACAUCUCGGCAUACAGUGUAGAAAUGACUGGACCAGAGGAGGUGGUUUCUGAGGUCUAUGAUGGUCCAGACCUUGAGUGCACUGUCAGCAACCUCCUGCCUGGCACAACAUAUCACUUCAGAGUGAGAGCAUUGAAUGAUGGAGGGUAUGGACCAUAUUCUGAAGUGACAGAAGUCACAACCACUGCUGGACCUCCAGGGCAAUGCCGAGCACCUUGCCUUGCCUUCCUUUCCAACACAAGUGUGCUUGUCAGCUGGGAAAGUCCCGAGAGCUUUGGUGCUGACAUCUCAGAGUACAGACUGGAGUGGGGAGAAGAUGAGGAAUCUCUGGAACUGGUAUAUAGUGGCACAAGCAACUCAUUCGAGAUAGGUCCAUUGUUAGCUGCAGCGCACUAUGUCUGUAGACUACAGGCGAUAAACCAUGCAGGAGCAGGACCUUACAGUGACCUCGUCACCUGCCGAGCCCCGGCAUCUGUGCCUGAUGCUGUAGCCACCCUCUACGUGACAGACGAUGAGCACUUAGAUGCCUAUCCACUGUCACCCUCUGUGUGCCUUGUCCUGAACUGGGAAGAACCGUGCAAUAAUGGGUCUGAGAUCAUUUCUUACAAUAUUGACCUUGGCGAUAUUACCAUCCCAGUGGGUAACGUCACGAGUUACGUUAUUGAUGACCUGCUUCCAGAAACCAUGUUCCGGAUCCGGAUUCAGGCUGUCAAUGCGAUUGGAGCUGGACCUUUCAGCCACUUCAUUAAGGCAAAGACCAGGCCACUGCCACCCUUACCUCCACGGCUCGAGUGUACUGCAGCAGGUCCUCAGAGCCUGAAGCUGAAAUGGGGUGAGAGUAGCUCCAAGCAGCACGCCACUGAUGACAUGGUGUACAUCUUACAGAUAGAAGACAGGAACAAAAGGUUUAUUCCAAUUUAUAGGGGACCAAGUCACACUUACAAGGUACAACGGCUGAUGGAAUUUACCUGCUACGCAUUUAGAAUACAAGCUGUAAACGAUGCCGGGGAAGGACCUUUCUCAGAAGUGUUCACCUUCAGCACAACCAAAUCUAUUCCCCCCGUCAUCAAAGCACCUCGAGUGAGACAGUUAGAAGGAAACGCCUGUGAAAUUACGUGGGAAACAGUAUCCCCGAUGAAAGGAGACCCUGUCAGUUAUGUUCUGCAGAUCCUGGUCGGAAGAGAAUCGGAAUACAAACAGGUAUACAAGGGAGAAGAGACGGUGUUCCAAAUCUCAGGCCUUCAGACUAACACAGACUACCGAUUCCGUGUGUGUGUUUGCCGCCGGUGCUUGGAUACCUCACAAGAACUUAGCGGACCUUUCAGCCCAUCUGUUGCCUUUCUGCUUCAGCGGAGUGAGCUCAUGCUUACAGGGGAAAUGGGAAGGAUAGACGAUCCCAAGACGAAAAGUAUGAUGCCUUCUGACGAACAGUUUGCAGCCCUCAUUGUCCUCGGCUUUGCAACUGUCUCCAUAUUGUUUGCCUUCAUACUGCAGCAUUUGUUUAUGAAGUAAAAAUGUCCGACACAAGGGUCUGAGGUAUCGUUUUAUCUAAUGCUACGCAUUAUAAUCUACAUGUUUUAAUUCAGAUAUUCCUCUUUAUUUUCAUUUUCAAUUUUAUUUUUCCAGUACAUUUUAUACAUUUUUCCUAGGGUUAGGUAGGGGCAGGGGACAAUCCUAGACCAUCCUAUCUAGGAAAUAAACAUUGGUGUUUGGAUGCACCUUUUUGAAAUUCAAGACUAGGAAACAUCAACCUUCAGAAAUAUUCAAGCCAGAAACCAAAAGCAAGUAUCCUCCUUUGGUGUGUGUAGUUUCUUUUUUCUUUUUUCUAUUGCAAUCUGUAUUUGAUAAUUUUCCAGGAUUCAGAAUUGUAACCAAUUUGCCUUCAUAUCUUGUUUUUUGCUGAAAUCAUUGCAGUCUUUAAGUUGCAGUUUAUUACACUAGAGUAACCAUUUGCUCUCCGCUCUCCUGCAUCUGCGAGCCUUAAGUACCAGUUUGUAAUAGUGUUGCAGCUAGAGUGCAUUGUUCGGGAAUACACAGUGUUAGACGAACAAUAAUUAUCAAUGUUGCAUAUUAUAGUUACUACAUUUUCCCCUUCCCCCUGCAUUAUUUUUUUCUCCAUGGUAAAAAUAAAAUAAAUUAAAAUCUCAGUUAUGUUUAUCAACUAUAUAUUUAGCACAUUUCAAUCCAAAUAAUUUAUCCCGCAACCUGAAAUCCUUUUUCCAUAAUCUCUUUUUAUUCCAGCUGUUUGCGCACUAUGAACUGCCUGUAUAACGGAUCCGAUAACCAAAUAGCUUUAUAAAUGACAAAGCAUUACAGGUUUUUUACCAUUUCUUUAUUUUAUAGCUGUAAUUUUAAGAGGGCAUUGUGCAAUAGUUACUCCCAUGUCCAGCUGUUUAUUUUUAAAGCUGCUUUUAACUCAUUUGCCUUUGUAUAUAACUUACUCUUAAUCCAAUCACUAGGUAUGAUAUAUUCAUCUUGAUGUUUGUGUUUAGAACUGGUGAAAGCUUGCCGCUUUUGCUGUUUAUAUUAAGUAUUACCUUUGAGAUAAGUAACCUUUCGCAGUCAAUCAGCCACUAAGAGGAAGCAGAACCCAUCUGCUGAAAAAAUGGAGAUUAGUCAUUUGAGGCAUCUUGCAGCUAGACAUUACGGAGCACCAGUGGAGUGGCGUUCACGUUUUUGGUGCACCACUGCAGCCACCCUGCUCUCCUGUCACCUCACCCCACUCACCUGCAAGUGCCACCUCUCCGCUCCCUCCCCCAGGCCCCACUUCCCCGCCACCUCGGCAGCGGCUCCACUAAGCAUACAGUAGCCGCAAGAUGCAGCUAGCUUGCUAAGGUUUACCGGAUGUGUACCUGCAUAAUGACAUAACAGCCCAUCGCAGGCCAUCCCCAAAGCAUGAAGUGAGAAGCAGGGCCUGUGGGGGAGAGGCGGUGGAGGAGAAGCAACCAGUGAGUGGGACUCAGUGGCCUCUUUUCUCAAGUGGGCCUGUUUUCUUGGAACAUGUCAGCCCAAUUGUAGUCAUGCCACUGCAGAGCACAUGUGGCUGCUGCUGGUAUCUCAGCCUUGCAUCUCCUCCUCCUCCUCCUCCUUGUAUCUCUCCUGUAACAUCGAGCAUUUCAAAAUACAUAAUGUGGCACUUGCCAUUUUUUUGUGUGCAUUGCCAUUUUUUUCCAGCCCCAGUCAGCUUCAAUGUCUGCCGCUUGCAAGAGCAGCAAAAUUUAUAUUUUUGUAGUAGUGGACAUUACCAGGGGUGUGGGAAGAAGAGAAGGAAACACAGGGCUGUUGAUUUCAAUGACAGUCAUGUACACUCUGUAAUAUCUACCUCCAGCCUUAAAUUGGUAUUCUGACCACCACAUAUGUGAUCCAUUGCAAAAGCCAGUCCCCUUUUCCCUUCAGAGUUUUGUGUCUGUCCUUACAUCAGUGGCCCCAAACUUGCAUAUUAAUCCAAUCCAUUGAAACCUUUGAUAUUCUUUUUUUUUUUUUAACUUUGAGUCAUUGGAUUAUUUAUAUGAUGUCAACGACGUUUAAGUGCCUCAGGGAUAUCAAUGAGCAGGAGGUGCAUUUCCAAAAGGGUGCAACAGACACAGGGUGCACUCCACUGGGUGCUUCUCCUGCACAUGCUCUGUUGGAAUGAACUGGAACUCCAUCUUUGCACAAUCCCCGUUCAUUUCUGCACAGCACAGGAUAAAAGCUGUUGUGCUGCUCUUGUUUCUUCUAGCAGCGCAUGCGCUGGAGAAAUCCCAGGGAUUUGCACCCCUUACUUUGUAUAUCCCCUGCUUUUCUUUAUAAAAAACAGUUUUGUAUAUUUUUGCUAUUUUGGUUUUUGCUUCCGUCAUGGCUCUUCUUGUCCUCUGUGUUUGCUAUGAUGCAGCGUCCUGUACUAGCCUAUAUUCCCAUAACCAAAGCAAUGGGGAAACCAACAUUAUUUUUGUUUUAGGUUUAUUUAUACUAUAUACUGCAUACAGUACUUUAAAUGCCAAUUACAGUGCAAUCUUAUUAUUUAUUGUAAAAAAUUUAAAAAAAUAAUAAAAAAUGUACUUAUGUACUAAAUUUUUCCCUCCCUUGUAGCAUGUUGUAUCUCUGUUUUUGUUUUAUACGAGCAUAAAAUGUUUUCACCCCUCCCUACAGCAGCAUUCCUAGUAGUAUUAAUCUUCUUACCGUUUCUUGUUGUGUGUAAAAACUGGGAGUGUCUUAGUGCAUUAAAUGCCAAAAAGAAGGAACCCCGCCUGACAGUGGGUACAAUAAUCCAAGCCUCCAAGCUGUGUGAUGGCCGUUCAGUCUGUGGGAUUUGCCUGGCAAGAGAGCUUGUCAGCUUCUGCUCUCAGUCAGUGACUGAAAAGUUUACAUAUAGCCAAAAAAAAUCAUGACCAUCUCUUGGAAGAAAGUGCUAAAAUGGAUGAAUUAUUCUGUGUGCCUCUGUAGAUGUAGCAAAAUAGUGCAAAGGUUCUGUAUUUUAUUACUGACUAUUGUUAGUUUAUACAUUUGCCUUGACAACUAGUGGCAUUGAGCUAAUUCACUGCUUCGUUUAUCUUUCCCUCCUUUGGCCAAAGUUGUGGCUUGUCAAAUGUUUCUAGUACCUUAAAAAAAUUUUUUAAUGUGUGUGUUCUACAGAACUUGGGUAGCCUUUUACAUUUGGAUUUUGAGAGCAUAACAGGUCCAAAAUGAUUAUUUGGUGAAACUGUGUUUUGUUUUGUUUUUAAAUAGAAAGAUAAAUUGUCUUUUAAAAGAAAGAAAAGGAAAAAACACUGCUCCAUCCAGAGAAAGUUAGUUGAGCUUCAUUGAAAUCUGUGGCUAACACGUUGUGUAGCAUAACAUGGGUAUUUCUGAGCCGCCCGCUCUGCUGUGGACUCCCAAGGAACCACCUUGUUUUGCACAAGAGCACGUAUACUUAAAGAUGCAUGCCCACAGUCUGGGAGUGCUACAUGGUUUCUAAUGUAAGAAGGGUUCCCCACUGAGUGCAGGCGUGCUGCUUUAAGUAUUUGUGGUCUUACACAAAAGUGCAAGUGGCUGAUGAUUCCUUAGGAGCCUGCAGCAGCACAGGUGGUUCAGAAACACCCAUGUUACACUGCACAAGAUGUAGGCCAGUGAGAAAAGUAAGCAUGACUCCCUUAACCCCAUCAGUUGCAAUGGCUUUAAGCAUGAAUAGCUUCCUCUGGAUCAAAAGCAGCAAAUUUGGGAAGUCGGUCAUUGGGAAUGCCACAAAUUUGAAAAGACCUCCUUGCCUCCGAACUUUUGGCCUACUGUAGUAGCUUCUCUGUGACAAUAAAAAUAGAAAUAUCUCCUGAAUGCUUCUUAAUUCAGUGGGAGAUUAACUAGUGCAAACUUUCUAAAGCGCUCUCUAAAUCCAAAUUUAUAUAUUUUGCAUCUUUUAAAAAUAUGGAGCAGUUUUACAUAGGGGUGGAUAAAUGUGAUGUUGAGAGAGAUCUGUAACACUUUAUUUUAAUAUAUUUUCUUGAUACUAAUUUGUUAGCCAUUUUUAUUUUCGCUUCAGAGUCCAAUGCCUGUCUCUAAACUGCCAUUCAGGCAAAGAUACAGUUAUCUCAGUAAGACAUCAGUGCUUACCCUGAAUAUGCUGCCACUCAAGUCAUGAGGAUUCAAUAGAAUUCACUUCCAGUCCAGCCAUAAAAUAAAGUGUUACACGUUCAAACCAUUCCUGUUUCUACUUCUGUAACCAGCAGACACAAUAGUUUCAUUGAUUAUUUUGUAUUUUCAUGUAUGUCUUUUCUGACCCUACUAAUGUCAGCUCAGCAGUGUACAACCAACUAUACCCUCCUCCCCUGCUCCCUAAAAACUCCUGUAGGCUCUAAAGAAAAUGUAAAAAUAGAAAGUGGGAAGAGUAUUUUAAGAAACUAUUUAAAAGGAGAAGAAACCUUUUUUAUAUUAUAUCUGCCUUUGUCCUUUAUGAACUUGAAAUGUUGUAGUUUUCUAAUCCUGUUUUGUCAGCAACAUUCAAUCAAUAUUCACAGUAUUCAUGGAAAAGUGCCCUAAACUGAGUAUUUCUGAACAUUAUCCUUGCACAAUUGGGGGGGGGUGUUUUUUCUUUACCUCACUUAUAGGACAUACAUUCCAAGCUUUCAACUUUGAGAGAAGUAAUCAUACGUUUUCUUGCAUUGUAAAUUUUAACUAUUUCAUAUGCAUUGUAUUAAAACUGCCAUAUCAAUUUUAAUGUAUAGAUUUUUGCAAAUAUUACGCUAUGUAUGUAUGACUUAACUGUAUCUGUAGUGUAUAUGUAAUAUAUUUAUGCCCAAUAAAUGUUUAAUUCUUUCUUGA